UGCAUUGACUGAAUCUCAGGACAGAGAGAGAAAAAAAAGACAGGAGCUCCCCUGCCAGCUGAGUGGAAGGGACUUUUAAUGCAGCUGCAGCUCUUCAUUCAGAUGCUGAGUGGAGGAGCAGAUGACCAGAGGACGGACACUUUUUCCAGACGCAGCCCUUUUCCAAAGCGAUUUCUUUUCAAGCUAACGUUGAUGCCCGGUGGGGGAUUUUCCUGCCAUCUCAUUUUGGAGGGAAGUCUUGGGUGCGGAGAGAGCGGAUUGCGGCAAGCAGUGCAUCCCGAAUGAUCGGAUCUCAGCAGCAGCAGCAGCUCAUUGUAUGAAAUGCGUCAACCCGAUCCACUUUACACACAUCAGCUCUCCAUUCACGGACUGGUCCCCUCGCACAUUGCUUCAUCAGGUAACCACAUGCGCGGGCCGGUGUCACCGCGCUGAGCCCGCAGACAGCGAAGGGUACCGGGUUCAGAGAGACAAGACUGGUCGGGUAAAAGGCGGACCGGAUGACGGCGAGAACCGUGGAGGCCUCGGGGAUGUCGGUGCACCGCUGUCACGGAGGGUUCCAAGCCAGUAACGGCACCUGCGCAGAGCAGCUCAGCCUUUUUCCGCCGUUCUCCUCCACGCUGGCGCUUCUUGUGCUGGUGGCCGUGCUCGUCGGGAUCAUCCUCGUUUCCUUGGCAACGUUCCACUUCCACAAGAGGAAGCUUCAGAAUAGGAAGAUCCAGCGCGCGCAGGAGGAAUACGAGCGCGACAGUCGCAGCCCCACGCGCGUCGGGGCGAGAGGGGAGCCCGCCAGGCCGUGCGUCAUCGUCCGGCCGGUGAGACGUGAGGAGAAGCUCCUCGUGUGCCAGAACACAGAGAGCGCAGACAGCGCAGCCGUCCACGCUGAGGACAGGCGGGCGCCUCUUGACUGUUAACUUCAGGGAAUGAGACUGUGGAAUAAACAGGAAAAGCAAUAAGGCACAAAGAUCCCCCCCACACACACCCAUUGCCCCUGCUUGUAGAUUAGACGAAAAAAACGCAGAACACGACGCAGACUAGAUGAAACACUAGAAGUGCACACGGUGUGGUCACACAAACACCUUCCUUAUAGUAUUUAGCCAGUAAUUCCUUAUGGGAUUGUGUAAAAUAUUUGCCUGCUUUGACUUUUGGACCUCUCCUUCUUUAAACCUCAAAGAUGUUUAAACUUUAAACCCAUCUUGGGAUGUGACACAUAGUUGCGUUGAAUUAUUAAGAGCUGGUGGCACAACUCCAACCUAAAUGGCUCUCUGAUCUUCCUUGGCAUGUCUUCUGACACACUACCAGUAUAUAGUUAGACUAUAAUGGGUGUUGUGGUGCUGUUAGGCAGUGCAAAACUGCACAUAUGCUAUAGAAAUGGCUUCUUUGUUUGCAUAGUAUUUUUUCUUCAAUUAUAAGUGACUUAGCAUUUUUGCAUACAGUACUGUCCUCCAAUGUCUGCCAGACAUCUGUAGGUAGAGCUCUAGAUGGGAUGCAAGACCUUUUGCUGUAGUUAUAUGCACACAGACCUUUUUUCCUUAAAGUGUCAGAUGAGUAAGUUUUAGUGCUUAUACAGUAUUUACAUUUGGAGUAUUUAUAUCGUAUUCUCUGCUAUAUAAUAAACUGAGAAUUCUUCCAGAGGCUUUCGGUUGAAGCCAGUUUUGAUCCUUCAUAUUGUACAGUGAGCCUGAUAGACAUAAUGUGUCAUUUAUUACAUGAGUUUAUUGUAAAUUUAUGCCAAUAUGCGAGCUGGAAUGUUUUGCAGUAACGUCAUCUUUCUGGAGUUCAUAUAAUCUGCCUUAUCAAAGGAAAACUAUGUGAUAUUGAAAGUUUAUAAAUAAAUGCAUAGUAACUGA